AAGAUGCUGAACUGACGUUAGACUCGGGAGAAAAGAAAUCCAAAAACCGUCUAUCAUUUGACUCCAAGCCAGAAUGCACACCAAAGAAAAGGAAAACCAAUAUAAUAGUUCUGGAAAAUGAUCGGCAGAUGAAUUCAGUCAUGGAAAAUGAACCUAAUUAUGGGAAGCUAGUGUGGGCUCGUCUUGCCGGGGAAAGAUGGUGGCCAGGCAUGGUGAUCAAGGGUUCACAGGUCUAUCUACAGGGAGACAACACAAACAUGUCUUGGAUCUUUUGGUUUGGAGACCACAAAGUAUCGCAGAUUGCUCACGAGCAGAUUAUGCCAUUUGUUGAUGGAUAUAGUUCAAAAUUUAACAAGAAGGUGAAAAAGCCUGCUGUGGAAGCUCUUUGGGAAUAUUGGCGGAGAAACGAUUCCCCCUCAGAUCUGGAUUCUGAAGAAGCUCUGUUGAAGUUUGCAGCCGGAGGAUUCAAGUUUUCAAACAAAUCGAGGAUCUGGUCAUUUGAACCUGUUCCAGACAACCCAAUCCCAGAAUAUAUCCUCACAAGGUUGAAGCAGAUCGGUGAGGAGAUAAGAAAUAGGGCUGCAAGGAAGCCAUAUUCUGUUGAGACACAUGACACUGAUUCUGCUAUUGAAGCCAUCGGGUCUGAACAGAGGGCAAUUACAGCCUGGGACAUUGUCAGUGCCACGACCAUCAAAAACUGUUGGAUUCAUACAGAGGUUAUUCCUCUAGAGCCUCACGCAGAGUGCUUGAAGCACCAGCCAAUGAAACGACAGCAUUACGGGAUUUCGUUGUCUGUUUUUUUUUUUAUUUCAGAUGUAUGUAUCAGUUGUCUGGAGCUUAAUGAACCAGUUGUUUGUCAGCACCCUCUGUUCGAAGGAGGACUCUGUCAGCAGUGCAAGGAAUCACUUAUGGAAACCUGUUAUGCUUUUGCAGAAGACGGGCUGCAUGCUUACUGUACUAUCUGUGGUCACGGUGGUAAACUGUUCAUCUGCGACUCUCUCGCAUGUAGCAGAGUAUACUGUUUCGACUGUGUUGGUGAUUUUUGUGGACCAGAAAUUUCAGCAAAUAUCCAAGCACGCAAAUCGUGGAUGUGUUUCUUGUGCUCGCCAUUCGAGCCAUCUACUCACGGGAUGUUGCGGCCCAAGACCAACUGGGAAGAAGAAAUGGUGUCCUUCUUUGAUACAGGCUACAGAAUUGAGAAACCAAAUUUGAAUUAUUUCAAAGAAAAGAGACCAAUCAGAGUGCUGAGUUUGUUUGAUGGAAUUGGAACAUGUAAGCUUGCUCUUGAUCAGCUGGGAAUUGCGGUGGAUGUCUACUAUUCGUCAGAAGUUGACAAGGAUGCUCUGAUGGUAACCCGAGCUAACCAUGGUGAUUCCAUUGUUCAGAUUGGAGAUGUCCAGCUACUCAAUUACAAGAGCCAGUUACCUCAGAUUGGUCCUGUCGACCUGCUCAUUGGAGGAUCACCAUGCAACGACUUCUCAUUGGCUAAUCCUGACAGGAAAGGAUUUGGUGGUUCGGGUGUUUUGUUUUUCGACUUCUUCCGAGUGUUGAAAUACCUGCAGACUAACUACAGAGACCGACAUCUCUUCUGGCUGUAUGAGAAUGUGUCAUCAAUGAAAACAGAGUAUAUGGCGCACAUCUCAAGAUUUCUGGAUUGUCAGCCAGCCCUGUGGGAUUCUAAGUACUUCACAGCACAGCACAGAGCCAGGUAUUUCUGGGGGAACAUCCCUGGUCUGUACAGCACUCCAGAGAUUUCGACAAAGUUGCAUAAAUCUGUGUCUCUGGACAGUUCCCUGCAGGCAAACUGUAACCGCCAGGCUGUUAUACCCAAACUGCGAACAGUGACCACUCGUACAAACAGUCUCAAGUUCGGCAAGAAAGACGAAUACUUCCCAGUACAGAUGGACGGAAUGGAUGAUGGGAUUUGGAUACCAGAACUUGAAAGAGUAUUUGGGUUUCCUUCGCACUACACAGACGUAGGAAAUUUGCCAACAACUCGAAGACAGAAGCUGAUUGGCAAAGCCUGGUGCCUGCCAGUCAUAAAACACAUCUUGUCACCGCUCAAAGAAUAUUUUACUGUGAAGGAGAAUUCCUAAAUUAUUUUGUUUUGAACUGAACCCAAUCAAUGCAGUCUUCUUCAGCAGGGAAGAAAUGUUUUUAUAAUAACAAUUUUAGCAAUAAAAAGUGCAAAAUGUCACACAGACAGAGGAUUGGUCUUGAAGUUUCAAUUUUUCUAGUCAUAGUUUUUGUUACUGUUUUAAUAAAAAAAAUUGAUUGUGAUAUUUUUAUUUUUUAAUAUACUUUUGUAAUCAUA